CUCCCCGAACGUCAGCGACGCAGCGACGGUUCUCCGAGCCUUCCAUAGAACGGAGGGCUGGUGGUGGAGGGAGGAGGGAGUAGAGACAGCAUGGAAGAGCCUGGGCACAGCUCUGCUGACAACACCGAGCAUUCGACAACAUAAGAGGACGAAUCCAUUUUCAGCAGCUCUCCUGCUCCGCGGCAGGAAUAGAACCAGCAGCGGGAUCGUAUCAGAACGCAGAGAGAAGAGUCGAAGGAGGGUACACACACACACACACACGUACGGACAGAAGGGAGACAGAACGACGCCCCGUUUUUUGGUUUUUUUUUUUUUUUUGGAAGCGUUCACCUAUGUUAUAGAUUCGAGUUUCCCUGGAUGCGAUUCGCGGAGCGGGAUGGAGCCAAUGUCCACGUCGGCUUCGAGCAGAGAGGAGCAGCGACCGAACGUCGGCAGCCGAGGAUGCUCGGACGUGAGCACUUGUUAGAGGCUGUCAUCUUCGGGAUGGAGGAGGCGUUUGGGGGGGUUGUGGCAACUGGCGACUUGUAACGAUGUGGACUGGAGAAUAUAUUUGGCCGCGUAACCGAGUAACCGUCUCUCUCAGCGAUUCGCACCGCGUUCGUAGAAUGUAGCUGAGGAGAGAGCGGCCGAUGAAGGCCUGAGAUAAGCGCCACUGAGAGAAGGAGCGGACUCCCUGCCGACGUCCUCGCCUGAGCUGUCCGUGGUGCUGAAGAGAGCGGCUCGACUUCCCGUCAGUUCCUCCGCACCACGUCGAUAGGUGACGCAGCGGGGUCACCAGGCACGGACAGCUGCCGGCUCGACCGAGUCGGCCGGUCUUGAUUCUCGUUCAUGGCUCUGGCACGCAAAAUCAAAACCCUGCUGACCGUCAACAUCCUCGUGUUCGUGGGGAUCAUCCUGUUCUCGGUGUACUGCAGGAUCCAAGACCGAUCUGGAGAGCUGCUCCAGCUGGGACGAGCGUCCGAUCAGAGGCUGAGGACCAGGAAUGGUAAAGUUCCCAACUCCGUGGAGAGACAGUCAAUUCUCCAGCGACUUGAGAGGCUGGAGGACGUGGUCUACAACCAGUUAAAUGGUUUAGCAAAGCCCAUCGGCCUGGUGGAGGGACCGGGAGGACUCGGCCAGGGGGGCGCUGCUGCCACCCUGGGUGAGGAUAGCAGAGAGGCGGAAGGGAAGUACGAGGAGUACGGCUACAACGCUCAGCUGAGCGACCGCAUCUCCCUAGACAGAAGUAUCCCAGACUACAGACCCAAAAAGUGCAGGCAGCUGUCGUACCCAGAGGAGUUGCCUCAGAUUUCCGUGGUCUUCAUCUUUGUCAACGAAGCGCUCUCUGUCAUCCUGCGGUCGGUGCACAGCGUGGUCAACCACACGCCGUCACACCUGCUCAAGGAGAUCAUCCUGGUGGACGACAACAGCGACAGUGUGGAGCUGAAGUUCAACCUGGACCAGUACGUGAACAGACGUUACCCCGGCCUCGUGAAAAUAGUGAGGAACAGCAGGAGGGAGGGGCUGAUCCGAGCCCGAAUCCACGGGUGGAACGCGGCCACCUCCCCCGUGGUGGGCUUCUUCGACGCCCACGUGGAGUUCAACACCGGCUGGGCUGAACCAAUCCUCAGUCGUAUUAAGGAGGACCACUCUCGCAUCAUUCUGCCGGCCAUCGACAACAUCAAGUACAACACCUUCGAGGUGCAGCAGUACGCCAACGCCGCCCACGGCUACAACUGGGGACUGUGGUGCAUGUACAUCAUUCCCCCGCAGGAAUGGCUGGACAAGGGCGACGAGACUGCCCCCAUCAGAACUCCUGCUAUGAUUGGCUGCUCCUUCGUGGUAGACCGGGAGUACUUCGGUGAGAUCGGUCUGCUUGAUCCUGGAAUGGAGGUCUACGGAGGGGAGAACAUAGAGCUGGGGAUGAGGGUGUGGCAGUGUGGGGGCAGUAUGGAGGUCCUGCCCUGUGCCAGAGUGGCCCACAUUGAGCGCACCAAGAAGCCCUACAACAACGACAUAGAUUACUACGCCAAGCGCAACGCUCUGCGGGCUGCCGAGGUGUGGAUGGACGAAUACAAGUCCCACGUCUACAUGGCCUGGAACAUCCCCAUGAAUAACCCAGGGGUGGAUUUCGGGGACGUCUCAGAGAGGUUGGCCCUAAGGAAGAAGCUACAUUGUCGGAGUUUCCGCUGGUACCUGGACCACGUCUACCCAGAGAUGAGGAUCUACAACAACACCAUCACAUAUGGAGAGGUGAGAAACAGCAAAGCAAGCGGCUACUGUCUGGACCAGGGCUCUGAGGAAGACGACAAGGCCAUCCUCUACCCCUGCCACGGCAUGUCCUCUCAGCUCGCCCGUUACUCAACCGAGGGGCUCCUCCAGCUCGGACCCCUGGGAUCCACGACCUUCUUGCCGGACACAAAAUGUCUGGUGGACGACGGCAGGGGACGCACACCCAGUCUGAAGAAAUGCAAUACUGUUUCAAGGAUCGGUCAAAGACUCUGGGACUUCACUCAGAAUGGUCCAAUCAUCAACAGGGACAGCGGCCGAUGUUUGGAGGUGGAAAUGUCCAAAGACGCUAAUUUUGGCCUCCGUCUGGUGGUCCAGAGGUGUUCAGGACAGAAGUGGAUGAUAAGAAACUGGAUCAAACAUCCCAAGCACUGACUGACCGACUGACUGACCGACCGACUGACUGACUGGACUGACUGGACUCAGAGACAGGUGUCCAGUCCAUAUCUUGAGCUGAACGCUGGUCAGUUUAGAUGUGAUGUUCUCCAGCACAGACUGAGCAGAACCGCGGGUUCCCUUCGGGCCACACGGACACAGUGGGAACGAGAAUAUAAUGAGCGAACGUGUUCCCA